GCCGGGGGGUCUAGCCACCAAGGGGCCAGGCAGCCGAGACCCAGGACUCCGGGUCUGAGGGAAGAGGCAGCUGGGGACCUACACUCCUGGUCCCGUGCGCGCCCCUCUUCACACCCCACCUUCCCACUCCUCAUCUCGCAGCCAGGGCAGGCAGCCUCUCCAGGUAGUUGCCCCCUCCCUCUACUGAGAUGUCAGGAAGGAGGGGGCCGCCUGUGUCCCCCCCAGGGGCCCCCUGGAGCCUGGGGGCCCCCAGCCCGGAAGCUCGGAGGUGGAGUAGGUGCUGACAGGUGUUCAGCGAGAUGCUCCCCCACCCCUCAUGGUCCCUCCCCAUCCUCCUCCUCAGCCUCCUCCCCUGUGUUCCAGUGGAACCCCACCCCCCGCCCUCGCCAUUGCCCGCAUUUCCAGCCCCUGAGUGGGACCUCCUGUCCCCCCGAGUAGUACUGUCCAGGGGUGCCCCCUCAGGCCCCCCUUUGCUCUUCCUGCUGGAGGCUGGGGCCUUCGGGGAGCCCCCAGGCAGCCCUGCUAACCGCACUCGGCGAGGGGUGAGCGAGACAGCACCCGCGAGUCGCCGGGGAGAGCUGGCUGUGUGCGAUGCUGUCAGCAGCUGGGUGACAGACCGCCGGACGGCUGUGGACCUGCGUGGGCGCGAGGUGGAGGUGCUGGGCGAGGUGCCUGCGGCUGGCGGCAGUCCCCUCCGCCAGUAUUUCUUUGAGACCCGCUGCAAGGCUGACAACACAGGGGAAGGUGGUCCCGGUGCAGGCGGAGGGGGCUGCCGGGGCGUGGACCGGAGGCACUGGGUGUCCGAGUGUAAGGCCAAGCAGUCCUAUGUGCGGGCAUUGACCACCGAUGCUCAGGGCCGUGUGGGCUGGCGAUGGAUCCGAAUCGACACGGCCUGUGUCUGCACACUCCUCAGCCGGACUGGCCGGGCCUGAGGCCCGUGCCUAGGAACUGGACCCACAGAGGAAGAAAGAGAGCAGGUUGCCAAGGGACCUCAGGCGUGACUUGGCUGCUCUGGGCCUUGUUUUGGGAACUGGUUCAAUGGUCACAAAAAUCAUGGCUCUCUGAUUUUGAGAGCUCAAUCUGUACAAUUUGUACGAAGCAAAACCAAAUAGGGUUUUGAAGGAUGAAUAGGAGUCCUCCUGUGAACCCGAGGGUGAUGAUGAUGAUGACAGCCCGUGUUUUCUGACUGCCUGCUGUUUGUCAGCUCUAAUAUACGACUUGUCACAUCAGCUUGGUGGACUUAACCCUGGAGGCCUGUGGCUUCUAAGUUGCUGACUAUGUGAUCUCAGGGGACAUCACCUCGCCCAUCCUGGAGAGAGUGACAGGGAGGGACUGUGCUAAGGAGUCAGUUGGGGAGCAUAAAAACUGGAAUGUGUGAGCAACUGGCUGGAAGCUAGGAUUCGAAUGGGAAGUUAACUAGGUCAGAUGGGGCAAGAAUGCUCUGUUUUGUGAUAUGACCUACCUGUCACAGUAGGUAUGCAAGAUAGGAGGUCAGGAUGCUAGAGAAUUUGGCCCUGGUGGGGACUUAGAGUCAGGUUUCCACCACCCUUCCCUGUCUCGACCUUUACCCCACAUUGGGAAAGAAAUAAACACUAACAUUGUCCAGCU